CACAAGUUACGGGGCAGGGUUUGGGUUGUUGUUGCAGAAAAAAAGAGGUGAAGAGAUUAUUUCUGUGAAGCUGUAUGAGGUAGGUCAUGGUGACUAAAUUCUCGAUUAUCUGGCCUGUCUUUGAUCCAAUUAGCUAAAUCAUCUAAAUUCGUUGUUAGCUAACGAGCCAGUUGGGCAAGUUAGCUUGCUUGCACCGUUUGCAUUUGGACGAUUUGCCUGGGUAGCUAACCAUCUAGCUAGCUAUAAUUCUAUGUUUGUUUGACACCUAGCUAGCCAAUGUUACUACUGAACGUCUGUGUACUAACUUUUUUUCAAGUAACUAGGUAUGUAGUUAACUACAGUUGGUUGUAUGUGUUCUCGUAACUAGCUAACGUUUCAGUGUUGUCUGCCUCAAGACGCAGCAGCGUUCCUAGAAUUGUGGCAAAACAACGUUUCAAUCAUAACUGUCUAACAACAGAUGGCUAGUUAGCUAGAUACAAUUAAUUUAGAAGUGUCUCUAACAUCACUUGAUAAGGUAACUGGAUAUUCAACAUAACAAUGUCACACACAAAUGCACAUGUAUAUUGACUCUACACACACCCACUCACAUUCAAAUCAAAUGUUAUGUCACAUGCGCCGAAUACAACAGGUGAAUGCUUAUUUACAAGCCCUUAACCAACAAUGCAGUUUUAAGAAAGAAUACCAACAACAACAAAAAAAUAUAUACAGUAUCUCACAAAAGUGAGUACACCCCUCACAUAUUUGUAAAUAUUUUUGUAUAUAUUUUCAUGUGACAACACUGAAGAAAUGACACUUUGCUACAAUGUAAAGUAGCGAGUGUACAGCUUGUAUAACAGUGUACAUUUGCUGUCCCCUCAAAACAACUCAACACAUAGCCAUUAAUGUCUAAACCGCUGGCAACAAAAGUGAGUGCACCCCUAAGUGAAAAUGUCAAAAUUGGGCCCAAUUAGCCAUUUUCCCUCCCUGGUGUCAUGUGACUCGUUAGUGUUACAAGGUCUCAGGUGUCAAUGGGGAGCAGGUGUGUUAAAUUUGGUGUCAUCGCUGUCACACUCCCUCAUACUGGUCACUGGAAGUUCAACAUGGCACCUCAUGGCAAAGAACUCUCUGAGGAUCUGAAGAAAAAAAAAUGUUGCUUUACAUAAAGAUGGCCUGGGCUAUAAGAAGAUUGCCAAGACUCUGAAACUGAGCUGCAGCACGGUGGCCAAGACCAUACAGUGGUUUAACAGGACAGGUUCCACUCAGAACAGGCCUCGCCAUGGUCGACCAAAGAAGUUGAGUGCACGUGCUCAGCGUCAUAUCCAGAGGUUGUCUUUGGGAAAUAGACAUAUGAGUGCUGCCAGCAUUGCUGCAGAGGUUGAAGGGGUCGGGGGUCAGCCUGUCAGUGCUCAGACCAUACGUGGAGUUCAAACAUGAACUCCAUGCCCAAGAGGGUUAAGGCAGUGCUGGAAAAUGAUGGUGGCCACACAAAAUAUUGACACUUUGGGCCCAAUUUGGACAUUUUCACUUAGGGGUGUACUCACUUUUGUUGCCAGCGGUUUAGACAUUAAUGGCUGUGUGUUGUGUUAUUUUGAAGGGACAGCAAAUUUACACUAUUAUACAAGCUGUACACUAACUACUUUACAUUGUAGCAAAGUGUCAUUUCUUCAGUGUUGUCACAUGAAAAGAUAUACUCAAAUAUUUACAAAAAUGUGAGGGGUGUACUCACUUUUGUGAGAUACUGUAUGUGUGUAUAUACACUCCUCAAAAAAAUAAAGGGAACACUUAAACAACACAAUGUAACUCCAAGUCAAUCACACUUCUGUGAAAUCAAACUGUCCACUUAGGAAGCAACACUGAUUGACAAUACAUUUCACAUGCUGUUGUGCAAAUGGAAUAGACAACAUGUGGACAUUAUAGGCAAUUAGCAAGACACCCCCAAUAAAGAAGUGGUUCUGCAGGUGGUGACCACAGACCACUUCUCAGUUCCUAUGCUUCCUGGCUGAUGUUUUGGUCACUUUUGAAUGCUGGCGGUGCUUUCACUCUAGUGCUAGCAUGAGACGGAGUCUACAACCCACACAAGUGGCUCAGGUAGUGCAGCUCAUCCAGGAUGGCACAUCAAUGCGAGCUGUGGCAAGAAGGUUUGCUGUGUCUGUCAGCGUAGUGUCCAGAGCAUGGAGGCGCUACCAGGAGACAGGCCAGUACAUCAGGAGACGUGGAGGAGGCCGUAGGAGGGCAACAACCCAGCAGCAGGACUGCUACCUCCGCCUUUGUGCAAGGAGGAGCAGGAGGAGCACUGCCAGAGCCCUGCAAAAUUACCUCCAGCAGGCCACAAAUGUGCAUGUGUCUGCUCAAACGGUCAGAAACAGACUCCAUGAGGGUGGUAUGAGGGACCGACGUCCACAGGUGGGGGUUGUGCUUACAGCCCAACACCGUGCAGGACGUUUGGCAUUUGCCAGAGAACACCAAGAUUGGCAAAUUCGCCACUGGCGCCCUGUGCUCUUCACAGAUGAAAGCAGGUUCACACUGAGCACGUGACAGACGUGACAGAGUCUGGAGACGCCGUGGAGAACGUUCUGCUGCCUGCAACAUCCUCCAGCAUGACCGGUUUGGCGGUGGGUCAGUCAUGGUGUGGGGUGGCAUUUCUUUGGGGGGCCGCACAGCCCUCCAUGUGCUCGCCAGAGGUAGCCUGACUGCCAUUAGGUACCGAGAUGAGAUCCUCAGACCCCUUGUGAGACCAUAUGCUGAUGCGGUUGGCCCUGGGUUCCUCCUAAUGCAAGACAAUGCUAGACCUCAUGUGGCUGGAGUGUGUCAGCAGUUCCUGCAAGAGGAAGGCAUUGAUGCUAUGGACUGGCCCGCCCGUUCCCCAGACCUGAAUCCAAUUGAGCACAUCUGGGACAUCAUGUCUCACUCCAUCCACCAACGCCACGUUGCACCACAGACUGUCCAGGAGUUGGCGGAUGCUUUAGUCCAGGUCUGGGAGGAGAUCCCUCAGGAGACCAUCCGCCACCUCAUCAGGAGCAUGCCCAGGCGUUGUAGGGAGGUCAUACAGGCACGUGGAGGCCACACACACUACUGAGCCUCAUUUUGACUUGUUUUAAGGACAUUACAUCAAAGUUGGAUCAGCCUGUAGUGUGGUUUUCCACUUUAAUUUUGAGGGUGACUCCAAAUCCAGACCUCCAUGGGUUGAUACAUUUGAUUUCCAUUGAUAAUUGUUGUGUGUUUUUGUUGUCAGCACAUUCAACUAUGUAAAGAAAAAAGGAUUUAAUAAGAUUAUUUCAUUCAUUCAGAUCUAGGAUGUGUUAUUUUAGUGUUCCCUUUAUUUUUUUGAGCAGUAUAUAAACAGUACCAGCACCCAAAAUGAGUACCAGAACCUAUUUCAGUCCAAGUCAAGCACUGAUAAGAAGUAAUCUGGUAGUUUCCACUGGAUCAGAGCAUGACAUUUUUCCCUUUCAAGCUGAGUGGUUAAUGAAAGGGAGAGAGCUGGAAAGAUUUUUCAAAUACAUUGAGGAACUAUUGUAAAAAUACUUUGUUUGGUUGCUGUUUGAGGUGAAGAAACGUUCCUUUGAGAAGCUCCACAGGUGGUGCGUUAAGCCAAUCAGAAAUACUAUCAGAUCCUCAAAUGGGCUCAUUUAUAUGCCUACAUUUGCGCGCAGGCCAGGUAGUCUAUAGGCCUACUUCAAUGCGUGCACGUCCUUUCUCAACAUUGACAGGAGUGCUCCAAUCAAAAGACAAUGACUAAAUUGACAAAACUCGUAAAUUGAAUUAAAUAAACCAAAACUUGUUUCUCUCAAGUGUAGCAUAGGUUGUGCACUCUGCAAACAAUGUGUCCACUCCGACAAUGAUAACUGAAGACUGGAAUAAUAAUAUUGAAUGGAUUAACAGAAAUUACCAUAACCAAAGUAACAAACACACUACCGCUCAAAAGUUUUAGAACACCUACUCAUUCAAGGGUUUUUAUUUUAUUUUUACGAUUUUCUACAUUGUAGAAUAAUAGUGAAGACAUCAAAAUGAUGAAAUAAUACAUAUGGAAUCAUGUAGUAACCAAAAAAGUGUUAAACAAAUCCAAAUAUAUUUUACAUUUUGAGAUUCUUCAAAUAGCCACCCUUUGCCUUGAUGACAGCUUUGCACACUCUUGGCAUUCUCUCAACCAUCUUCACCUGGAAUGCUUUUCCAACAGUCUUGAAGGAGUUACCACAUAUGCUGAGCACUUGUUGGCUGCUUUUCCUUCACUCUGCGGUCCGACUCAUCCCAAACCAUCUCAAUUUGGUUGAGGUCGUGGGAUUGUGGAGGCCAGGUCAUUUGAUGCAGCACUCCAUCACUCUUCUUCUUGGUAAAAUAGCCCUUUUACAGCCUGGAGGUGUGUUGGGUCAUUGUCCUGUUGAAAAACAAAUGAUAGUCCCACUAAGCCCAAACCAGAUGAGAUGGCGUAUCGCUGCAGAAUGCUGUGGUAGCCAUGCUGGUUAAGUAUGCCUUGAAUUCUAAAUAAAUCACAGACAGUGUCCCCACACCAUAACACCUCCUCCUCCAUGCUUUACGGUGGGAAAUACACAUGCGGAGAUCAUCCGUUCACCCACACCGCAUCUCACAAAGAAACGGCGGUUGGAACCAAAAAUCUCAAAUUUGGACUCCAGACCAAAGGACACAUUUCCACCGGUCUAAUGUCCAUUGCUCGUGUUUCUUCGCCCAAGCAAGUCUCUUCUUAUUAUUGGUGUCAAUUAGUAGUGGUUUCUUUGCAGCAAUUCGACCAUGAAGGCCUGAUUCACGCAGUCUCCUCUGAACAGUUGAUGUUGAGAUGUGUCUGUUACUUGAACUCUGUGAAGCAUUUAUUUGGGCUGCAAUUUCUGAGGCUGGUAACUCGAAUUAACUUAUCCUCUGCAGCAGAGGUAACUCUGGGUCGUCCAUUCCUGUGGCGGUCCUCAUGAGAGCCAGUUUCAUCAUAGCGCUUGAUGUUUUUUGCCACUGCACUUGAAGAAACUUUCAAAGUUCUUGAAAUGUUCCGUAUUGACUGACCUUCAGGUCUUAAAGUAAUGAUGGACUGUCCUUUCUCUUUGCUUAUUUGAGCUGUUCUUGCCAUAAUAUUGAGUUGGUCUUUUACCAAUUAGGGCUAUCUUCUGUAUACCACCCCUACCUUGUCACAACACAACUGAUUGGCUCAAACGCAUUAAGAAGGAAAGAAAUUCCACAAAUUAACUUUUAAAAAGGCACACCUGUUAAUUGAAAUGCAUUCCAGGUGACUACCUCAUGAAGCUGGUUGAGAGAAUGCCAAGAGUGUGCAAAGCUGUCAUCAAGGCAAAGGGUGGGUAUUUGAAGAAUCUCAAAUAUAAAAUAUAUUUUGAUUUGUUUAACCCUUUUUUGGUUACUACAUGAUUCCAUAUGUGUUAUUUCAUAGUUUUGAUGUCUUCACUAUUAUUCUACAAUGUAGAAAAUGGUAAAAUAAAGAAAAACCCUUGAAUGAGUAGGUGUUCUAAAACUUUUGACCGGUAGUGUAUAUUAGAAAUGAUAGGAAUUAACAGUAAAUGUACUACUGGUGAUAUAUGUAAUGGGGAAUUUAUAUUCACUAACAAUCAAAUGCACACAAUGAAGUUAUAAAACAAUGAAUGUGCACAAAUUGGCGGGAGAGAGUGCAUUCUGCAUCUGGGCGCAUGGUCAAUCCAACGUCUGCAUUGGCCAUGCAGCAUUUAUGGUGAUACAGCCUCAGCAGAAGUCAGGGCAUUCAUACUUCUUGCGCUUCACGGAGCAGUGCAGAGCUGUUGUCAAGGAAGUGAGUUUGUGUUUUCUACAGGAUGUACCGCCCCCACCUACCGUCAACUAAUCAUGUCAAUGCGGAGCUAUACAGAGCCCUCCGCAUUGUAUAUGUAUGUUACUGCUCGACUAAAACCGUCUCGGUUGACGAACAGCCUAACGACUAAACAAUCGACCAGUCGACUAAUUGGGGUCAGCCCUACUUUCAAGAGAUCUUGGAACUUUAAAAAAUAGGUCAAAUCAUGACCGCAGUGAUUUUCAGGUCGGAAAGUCGGAGCUCUAAAAGAUGCCAGAGUUUCUUUAGUUGAAUGGCCGUUCAAAACGAUUUUUCCAAGUUGUCUUCUAGGAACAUACAUCUCUGUAUAUUCCUAGGUUGUCUUGAACGCACUGAAGUCUGAGAUUUCCGAGUUCCCAGUUGUUUUGAACGCAGCAUAAGGGUUGGAGAGCCCUGCUCUAAAUAUUUGACUGCGUGAUGUGACUGAUGAUGUCACGGGUUGCUUGGUGUGCUCCUCCUUGCCAUGAUGUCACAGGUUGCUUGGUGUGCUCCUCAGUGUGAACCUGCUUUCAUCUGAGACUUGGAGCAAAGUGAACCUGCUGCUCUAACUUUUUUCAUGUGUGGUGUCACAGGUUGCUAGGUGUGCCCCUCCCUGCCAUGAGAGCUGACCAGGUCCCCAGCCCCUCCUCCUUCUGCAGUUGAUGGAUCUGCAGCUGGUCUGGAGAUGACAGACAGUGUCAGGGCCUUCCUCCGCAAUGUUGCGACGGUCAGACAGCAACACAACACACCCUGUCUGUCCACAUACAAGCACAAGUGAUAGGCCUACACAUGGGGUUAAAGGAGGGUACAGCUAUCUGUCUGAACCAUGAGAUGGUGAACCAACUACCAAGCUCUGUUUAGAUCCAUUGGGAAUUAUGUUUUCUAGUUGAUGCCAUCCACUUGGCCCAUUUUAACAUUUAGUCUAGUAAGUUAGUAUGUUUUUACAUAAGACAAAUUAAAUGUUUUAAUAAAGUUUAAACUUUUUAUUUUGUGUUUUUUCUUGUUUGCUCUAGAGCAAACGUUGCUUUGGGGUAAAACCAUAGUAGCCUACAUUUAAUGUCUUAACCAAAUGUUUACCGUUAUCUUGUGUUGUUUACCUUGAACCUCAUCACCUUACUUCCAGAUGGUGAUCCCCUCCACAAAAGCAGUGCAAAGAUUAGCCUUGUUUUUUUUUGUAUAGUUAAUGUAUUUUUUAUUUAAACUGUGCUACUAGGUAACCAAGUGAAUUUAAGCACAAGUUACCUGACUGCAAUGAUUUAAAAGGAACUUUUCCACCCAUGUAUGUAUACACAUACCAAGUCUAGCGUACAACAUUAGAAUAAUGUGCUGUGUUGAUUUCCUUUUAUAAGGCAUUUACCCCAGUCUUAGUGUGAAUUUUCUGUGUGUCCUACAGGGGAUUAAGGACUCCAUUUUGGGGAUCGGAACUAUCUCCAAGCUGGAUGCCCGCAUCCAGCAGAAAAGGGAGGAGCAGCGAAAGAGGAGAGCCAGCGGCGCCCUGGCUCAGAGACGGGCCCAGAGUGAGGAACGCAAACAGGAGAGGUAGACACUGGCACGUAGGAGUUUAAUACCCUAUUCACACUGCCGAGCCAAGCUGGACUGAACCAUGCUGGAAAGGGUGAUAUGGAAGAAAAAAAAUGUCAGAGCCAGCACAAUUCUGUUUUGGUAUCUCCCUCAGCCUGAGGAGCUACUUGAUACACAUCAUAAAAGGCAACUUAUUAUGCUCGUUCUAGUUGUGAAAGGUUCAUAUUAAGAGUUAUGAGUAAAGACCUUUCAUAUGGAUCCUUGUAUGCUGUCCAGUGUUCACGGUAGGCUUAGACCUAUACCUUUUUGUGCUUAUUAAUGACGAUGGUGGGUGACAAUGUGUUGUCAUACUCUCUCUUUCAGUGAACCCAAAUUAGCCAGUAGGAUUUUUCAGUGCUGUGCGUGGAAUGGGGGAGUGUUCUGGGUAAGAAACAUACUUUUCUAUAUUUUAAAACUGUUUGAAAAAUGCAUAUCAUGCAAAUACUGAAUUUCUUUGAGCGGGGCAAAGAAGUAAUAAUACAAAGACAUUGUUCAUGUUAGUAAUCCCUCCUCCAAUUAUUUUUGCAGCUCAGUCUGUUCCUCUUCUAUCGGGUGUUUAUUCCACUGCUGCAGACUCUGACAGCAAGAAUCAUCGGUAUGUAUGCAUGCCUGGAACUGUGGGGCGGGUUCACUCUAUUAUCACAUGCUUCAUAGUGAUUUGUUAAAAACUGGUAAAACCUGUCACUCAAAGAGACAUUUCCUGCCAGGUGACCCCUCUCUCCAUGGCAAUGUGUGGUCCUGGCUGGAGUUCAUAUUGACCUCAGUGUUCAGUGCUCUCUGGGUGCUCCCACUGUUUGUGCUCAGCAAGAUAGUCAACGCCAUCUGGUUCCAGGUGAGGCCUCUGUUAGUUAGUACACAGGUGAUGACAGAUGUUUUGUGGUUGUCGUUGUAACAAGGGUGGGAUAUACAGUGGGGAAAAAGUAUUUAGUCAGCCACCAAUUGUGCAAGUUCUCCCACUUAAAAAGAUGAGAGGCCUGUAAUUUUCAUCAUAGGUACACGUCAACUAUGACAGACAAAUUGAGAAUUUUUUUCUCCAGAAAAUCACAUUGUAGGAUUUUUAAUGAAUUUAUUUGCAAAUUAUGGUGGAAAAUAAGUAUUUGGUCACCUACAAACAAGCAAGAUUUCUGGCUCUCACAGACCUGUAACUUCUUCUUUAAGAGGCUCCUCUGUCCUCCACUCGUUACCUGUAUUAAUGGCACCUUUUUGAACUUGUUAUCAGUAUAAAAUACACCUGUCCACAACCUCAAACAGUCACACUCCAAACUCCACUAUGGCCAAUACCAAAGAGCUGUCAAAGGACACCAGAAACAAAAUUGUAGACCUGCACCAGGCUGGGAAGACUGAAUCUGCAAUAGGUAAGCAGCUUGGUUUGAAGAAAUCAACUGUGGGAGCAAUUAUUAGGAAAUGGAAGACAUACAAGACCACUGAUAAUCUCCCUCGAUCUGGGGCUCCACGCAAGAUCUCACCCCGUGGGGUCAAAAUGAUCACAAGAACGGUGAGCAAAAAUCCCAGAACCACACGGGGGGACCUAGUGAAUGACCUGCAGAGAGCUGGGACCAAAGUAACAAAGCCUACCAUCAGUAACACACUACGCCGCCAGGGACUCAAAUCCUGCAGUGCUAGACGUGUCCCCCUGCUUAAGCCAGUACAUGUCCAGGCCCGUCUGAAGUUUGCUAGAGUGCAUUUGGAUGAUCCAGAAGAGGAUUGGGAGAAUGUCAUAUGGUCAGAUGAAACCAAAAUAGAACUUUUUGGUAAAAACUCAACUCGUCGUGUUUGGAGGACAAAGAAUGCUGAGUUGCAUCCAAAGAACACCAUACCUACUGUGAAGCAUGGGGGUGGAAACAUCAUGCUUUGGGGCUGUUUUUCUGCAAAGGGACCAGGACGACUGAUCCGUGUAAAGGAAAGAAUGAAUGGGGCCAUGUAUCGUGAGAUUUUGAGUGAAAACCUCCUUCCAUCAGCAAGGGCAUUGAAGAUGAAACGUGGCUGGGUCUUUCAGCAUGGCAAUGAUCCCAAACACACCGCCCGGGCAACGAAGGAGUGGCUUCGUAAGAAGCAUUUCAAGGUCCUGGAGUGGCCUAGCCAGUCUCCAGAUCUCAACCCCAUAGAAAAUCUUUGGAGGGAGUUGAAUGUCCGUGUUGCCCAGCGACAGCCCCAAAACAUCACUGCUCUAGAGGAGCCAAAAUACCAGCAACAGUGUGUGGAAACCUUGUGAACUUACAGAAAACGUUUGACCUGUGUCAUUGCCAACAAAGGGUAUAUAACAAAGUAUUGAGAAACUUUUGUUAUUGACCAAAUACUUAUUUUCCACCAUAAUUUGCAAAUAAAUUCAUUAAAAAUCCUACAAUGUGAUUUUCUGGAUUUUUUUUUUUCAUUUUGUCUGUCAUAGUUGACGUGUACCUAUGAUUAAAAUUACAGGCCUCUCAUCUUUUUAAGUGGGAGAACUUGCACAAUUGGUGGCUGACUAAAUACUUUUUUUCCCCACUGUAGCUGGUCAAGGAGAACUGUUGCACAGUUGGCACCGGAGAGCACUAGUCGUAUAUACUUUUAUCAUAAACCAAUUACGGUUUCUAUUGAUGAUAUGUAUAACUUUCCAGCAAUGUUCAGGGGAUGGAGUAUUGGAUUUAAUACAGUUGAAUGAAUGCUUGGCUAUGUUUUCCUUUUGUCUCACAGUAGUUACAAAUUUCCCAUGUCUUAUUGCUAUGCUGUCUAUAUUCCCUUCCAGUAUUUUAAAUGUUAUUGCCUGAGGAUCUUGUGAGAUGUUAACAUGUGUCACACAGUGAAACGGGAGGAUAACACGCCCUCUGGUUGUCUGCUGUAGGACAUAGCUGACCUGGCGUUUGAGGUGUCUGGUCGGAAAGCCCAGCCUUUCCCCAGCGUCAGUAAGAUCAUCGCUGACAUGCUCUUCAACCUCCUCCUCCAGGCUCUCUUCCUCAUUCAGGUAGUACUGCAAUAGACGUUCCCAUGUGUCUUCAAUUUCACAAAGAAGACUCACUAUCAAUCAUGACCUGUCGAGGGUUCACAAAGGUUGUGUUGGAAUGAAAACAUACAGGGGUCUUUGGGAUCAACACUGAGAGCUGUAAUUCAUUACACCCAAUGGUGGAAGUUAGUAGUCAAUGUAUUAGCUCAUCAUCUUGUCUUUGUUGUGGUCCUCUAGGGUAUGGUUGUGAGUCUCUUCCCCAUCGAUGCCAUUGGACAGAUGGUCAGCCUUCUUCACAUGUCUCUGCUCUACUCCCUCUACUGCUUUGAGUAUCGCUGGUUCAACCAUGGUGUGCUUCCUAUGUACUCAAAUAUGUAUUUAUUCUCGAAGUAUUCUACUCAUUUUAGGUAAUAGGAACUGAACAAAAUCUCAACCCAUUUGUAACCGUUUCAUCCAAGGCAUUGAGAUGCACCAACGGCUGUCCAACAUUGAGAGGAACUGGCCCUACUACUUUGGGUUUGGUCUUCCCAUGGCUCUGUUGACUGCCCUCCCCUCUUCAUAUAUUAUAAGGUAACGCCACUAGUGUCCCCUCGUUCAAUCCAAGCAUGAGGACUCUUCCAAUAUGCAGACUUUCAGUCCUACUGAUAUCCGUAAAUCAUUUGAAUGAUCCAUUCAAAUUAUAUAUUUUUUCUGCUUUAGUGGCUGUCUGUUCUCCAUCCUCUUCCCGCUGUUCAUCAUCAGCGCUAACGAGGCCAAGACCCCAACAAAGCUAUAGUGAGUUUGGUGCACUGCAAGCCCUAACAAUGACCAGUGAUCAAACAGAUUCACUUGUGUGAAAAGAGCCAGUGAAAUCCUCUUCCCUGCUCACUCACUCUCUUCUCCCCCUGUGUCUUUUCCACACACAGCCACUUCCAGCUGCGCCUAUUCUCUCUGGUUGUGCUGAUUAGCAACAAGCUGUUCCACAAGACGGUCCACCUACAGUCGUCCCUGACUUCGUCCACCUCCACCGAGAAGCUGCCCCCCUCUCCCCACGCCUCGCCUGCCCGCCAGAGACCAAUACCCUCCCAGUAAUGACCACCGGGGGUGACAAAGGAGCAGCUUAGCAACUGCUUAGUAAACCAAUGGAGGAGCAGUUGAUUCUUUCUGUGGAAGGAUCUCUCUCAUCCGGACAGGAAGAGGAAUUAUGUUUGUUUUAGUUAAAGGGGGGUUUUAUGUGAUUUUAAUGAUUCUACUACAGCCCUUCAUAUUCUUUUGGAGCACCUGCCAGGUGUGUUUUUAAUGUGAAUGACGAAUAUGGAGAUUUGACUGCCCUGUGCCUCACGCUCAAACACACAUGAAUAUUAUAUAUCUUUCUCAUAAUUUGUUUUAAUUGUUUUUUAUGUAUGAUGUGCCAUUUGAGUGCUUUAAAUACAGCACAAGCAGUCAUAUACAUUGUUUUCUUCAGUUUUUUUGUUCUGCUCUUUUCAAUUCCAACUACAAUGUUUGCUACCUAUUGUUUGUUUAAUCUGUUAAUCACCCAGUGACUGAUCCCAGACUGCUUUGUAUAAAACACUUGAUGUGGAAAAGGAAAAGGUUAAAUUUUUUACAGGACUGAUGUUAUCAGUGCUUGACUUGGACUGAAGUACAUGCCGUGCCGGUAUUCAUUUUGGGUACCAGUACUGUUUAGGUGCAGGAGCUCCACAAUACUUAUGAGAUAAUAUUUUAUAAGAGAAACAGGAGCUGAAGGCUCCGGUGAGCUCCUGCCCAAGUCAAGCACUGCAUGUUAUGUUACUAUAUGUUCUGAAUGACAGACGGAGCCUUAGACACUGGUCACAUGAUCCUUGGUAUUCCUUUGUUUGAGGAAUUAGCACAGAGACGCAGCCAGUGACUAGACAUUCAUCCAAGUUUGUGUGAAUAAAAUGAGUCUGUUCUCCUUUUUCAGUGAAGGGGGUGACAUGUUUGCGAUGUUCAAAAGUAAAGCACAAGAGUAAUUUUUCUGUGUUGCAAGUGACAUUCCGUUCACCCUGAUAGGAUGCUGUCUUGUUCAUGAAUAGCUGUUUCGCUGUAAAGCCAGGGCGGCACUGCUACUCCUCUGGCCAAGGAAUAAUCUUGUGCGGUGAAAACAAAGGGACACUAAUUUUUUGUGCUUUUUUUAGAGGAUCUUAAUUUUUACGCUUUCAGCAUGGAGCUGGGACUGUAUCCACGUAGGCUGCAAAAUACCAAUUAGUGGGAAAAAUAUCAGAAUUGGGAUGCAUAUGUAAACGCAGCCAAAGCGUCGCUGAUCUAGGAUCUGUCCAUACAAUCUUAUAUAUAUUAUUAGUCCAAACUGAUGCUAGAUCAGCACUCCUACUCCUGAGACACUUUGUGAAUACAGGGCCUGAUCUAAACAUCACACAACAAAGGAAGAGCAUCCUUACUUAACAAAUCCAAAUAUUAAAUCACUGGUUGUUGUGUGGUGAAGCUAGCUAUUUUGAGGAAGCAGUUUUCUAUAGGGGUG